AUGUCGGCAUCAGCGUGCUCAUCGUCCUCUUCAUAUGCAUCAUGCCCCGUUCCUGAUUCUUUCUUCCUCCCCUCCUCCCCUUCCCCUUGCCAUGCGCAGUUCAACUGGAAGGCCUUCGUCGUCGGCAUGAGUGUGAUCAUCUUCCUCGUCACCCUUCGUUUCCUCGCCUGGUACUUCGCCAAGAAGAAGCCGCUAGGAACCGUAUUCUUCUACCUCAACUGCCUGGGCCCGUUCAUCUCAAUCGUCCCGUCUCAAGUUUCCCGUCUUUCUCUAUCCCCCAUACCCAUUCUGAUCCCCCAGGCCUGGUACUUCGCCAAGAAGAAGCCGCUAGGAACCAAGAAGCCGCUCGGAACCGUAUUCUUCUACCUCAACUGCCUGGGCCCGUUCAUCGCUGUUGUCGUCGUCACGCUCUCCGUGUGGGCUGCCAAGGCCAACAAGGCCAUCCCGUGCGUCAAGGAAAUGCCCAAGGGACUAUCCAGUCUCGGGUCGCUCAAGCGGCUGCAGCUCACGGGGCAAAACGCCGCGGAUGCCGCGGUUGUGGGGCUGAUCUCGGGACUCGUCGCUCUCACUGUAAGCCGUUCCUUCUCGCGAUCGGCUGUUAACUACAACGCCGGUGGAUCCACCAUGCUUACAAACAUUGUCAUGUCUCUUGUCGUCCUCGUCACGCUGCUCUGGAUCACUCCUGUCUUCCAGUACCUUCCAAGCGCCGUGCUUUCUGCCAUCAUUAUUGUGUCUGUGCUGGGACUGGGUACGGGGGUGUACCGGAACAUUAAGCAGUACGACGGUGCUAUUGUCGAGGAAGGAGUGUACGUGCUGCGCGUGGAUGGGCCGGUGUACUUCCCGAAUGCAAACUACAUCCGGGAGAAGUCGCUGAGUCUGAUCGAGGAGCAUGACUUCAACCGCGACGUCAAGAUCACGCACUUCAUCCUGGACUUCACCCCGGUGCCGGACAUUGACUCAUCGGGCACCACUUCACUGGAGGAGCUGCACUCGCUGCUCUCUAAGAACAACAUUCAGCUCGGCAUCAGCAACCCCUCCAAGAUGGUUCUCCGCAAGCUUGCCGUGUCGGGCGUGCUGGAGGCUAUUGGCGAGGAGUGGCUCUUCCUCACUGCCAAUGAGGCUGUGAAGUCGUGCCGCUCGUUCCGCGCAUCUGUUAAGGAUGUGUAA